AUGAUAGACAAUGAAUUAAUAGUUCUAACUGAAAUAUUUUUUUUCGAAAAAAAGCAAUAUACUUUAUACAAGAAACAAAUAGAUUCAACAUCACCAUUGCGUAGAAAGAAAAGUCGUAGUCCAUUUGCAGACGACGCAACUGGACCAUCGUCUACACUAACGAAUAAUUGGCCUGCAAAAGCUGUCAAUUAUACUGAACAUGCAAACAAUCAAUUGAAUCUUGGACAUAAUCAUUCAGUUGGUGUUGAACAACAACAAAAACAUAUUGUUGAACCUGAAUUAUUAUCAACAAUACAUCGUUCUAGUAAUACAGAUACUAUUAUAUCAUCGAAUAAUGUUAUAAGUUCUAAUCAAUCAACUGAUACUACCACGACUAUUGGCACCACUGGUUGA